ACGCCCGUUAGCGUUUGGGGUCCGCUUUCUCGAUCUAAGGAGUCCGGACUCAAGUGGCUUCAGAGUCGCCGACUCGCCGCAGCUAUGAGUCUUCUCCGGCACUCCCUCGAUCGAGUUAUUCAUCCUUCCCUUCCUCCAAUAUCUCGAGAACACACUCGCCGAGUGUCCUCUAGGUUCAUCACCAGCCAUGGUUUUCCGCCUCGCUUCUCCCAGGUCGCUGUCGGAACAGGAAGUUCACAUGGGUCCCUUCAAUGGGUGUUUCCGCAAAGUCAGGUUCGAAAAAAAGUUCGACUGGGGAUCUCGAGAAACAGCGCCUCUGGCUCAUUCUUGCCUGAUAAAGAGCUGCAUAGCCCAACCUUGUUGGAAUUCGUCACCUCUGAGAGGGUUAAGGUGGUUGCGAUGUUGGGGUUGGCUUUGGCACUCUGCAAUGCCGAUCGGGUGGUGAUGUCCGUGGCGAUUGUUCCCCUCUCGAAGGUGCGUGGAUGGAGCCAGUCGUUUUCUGGGAUUAUUCAGUCAUCUUUCCUAUGGGGAUACAUGAUGUCACCAAUAAUUGGCGGGGCAUUUGUUGAUCAUUAUGGUGGUAAAGUUAUCAUGGCAUGGGGAGUGACUCUCUGGUCCCUUGCAACACUUCUUACUCCUUGGGCGGCAGAGACUUCUGUAUUGGCGUUAAUCACAAUGAGAGUCCUUCUAGGAGUAGCAGAAGGAGUUGCUCUUCCCAGUAUGAACAAUAUGGUCUCUAGAUGGUUUCCUCAAACUGAGAGAUCAAGAGCUGUUGGAAUUGUAAUGGCUGGAUUUCAACUUGGCAGUGCCGUUGGACUUCUAAUUUCCCCUAUAAUUAUGUCGAAGGCAGGAAUUUUUGGGCCUUUUGUGAUAUUUGGAUUAUUUGGGUUUCUCUGGGUGCUGGUAUGGCUUCCUGGAACCACAAGUGCUCCUGAAAAACACCCACAAAUAUCAAGAUAUGAGUUGGACUACAUCACUAAAGGUCAGAAACCUCUGAUUUGCUUGGAAAGAAAUGGUAAGUCUGAAAUCAUACCCCCUUUGGUGAAAUUGCUUUCUAGGUUUCCAACAUGGGCUUUAAUUUCUGCAAAUGCAAUGCACAGUUGGGGAUACUUUGUCAUUCUCUCAUGGAUGCCAAUCUACUUCAACACUAUUCAUCAUGUUGAUCUUCGGCAAGCUGCAUGGUUCAGUGCACUCCCAUGGUUCAUGAUGGCUUUUUUGGGUUAUGCUGCUGGUACUGUUUCAGAUAUGCUGAUCAAGAGAGGUGUUAGUAUUACUUUUACACGCAAAAUCAUGCAGACAAUUGGUUUUAUCGGUCCUGCCAUUUGUCUUCUUGGUUUAAAUGCUGCAAAUAAUCCUUCUGCGGCAUCUGCUUGGCUUACAGCAGCUGUUGGAUUAAGCUCUUUUAGUCAUUCCGGCUUCCUAGUGAAUUUCCAAGAAGUUGCUCCAAAGUAUGCAGGCGUCCUCCAUGGAAUGUCGAAUACUGCUGGAACAUUGGCUGCUAUCAUGGGAACCGUUGGCGCUGGCUUUUUUGUUCAAAAGAUGGGUUCAUUUCGAGGAUUUAUCCUGCUUACUUCACUAUUAUACUUUUUUUGUGCUCUCUUCUGGGAUAUUUUUGCUACGGGAGUGCAAGUUGAUUUUGAUGCAGUGGCUUGAAUUGGCUAUGCCUGUGCUCUUCUGUUCAGUUUUUAAAUUUUGUCCCCAAAAAUUCUCAAAUUGUCCCAUUGAACAGGUAUGUGUUGCAAAAUACUGUUCCUGGUGUAUUUUAUUCAUUCGUUGUAAAAAUUUUUUGUGCCAGCUGAUGAAGCAACACCCAUUACAACUAUGGUUCAAUUUGUGUUUUGCAUUAUUGCAUCAU